UUUUGUUUAUUUCCUGUACGAUAUUUCCGGUUUUCUUUUCUUAAAAUGUUGAAUUUUGGUUCAUAUUAAAGCCAAUUCCCUACGAGUUCAAAAGAAGAAUAAUGACUUAGGAUCGGAUAACUUUCUGGAACUUUACUUCAGCUGAAGGAACGAAGUAAAAGGAACUCAAAAUGACAAAUAAAAACAGUGUAUCCUCUUCUAGUUCCGGAAAAGAAACCGAUAGUUCUUCAAACACAAAUGCUCGUCCAAAGUUGGUUUUUUUCUGGACUAAUGCUGAAGUUUUAAAAUGGUUACGCCGACAUUGUGAAGAAUAUCAUACACUUUAUGCAAGUUUGUUUUUAGAAAAUGAUAUUACAGGUCGAUCUUUGUUAAGAAUGAAUGAUGCAACCUUGGAAAGAAUGGGAAUCAAAGAAAAAGCUCACAGAGAGGUUAUUUGUACAGAAAUUUUGAAGUUGAAGCUCAAAAGCGAUAUACUGGAGCUGAAAGAUUUACAGAAGAAAAAAGGUCUGAGCUAUUUCGACCUCACAUCUCCCUCCAGACUGGGGUUUUUUGAUAGAUUUGCAUGA